AUAUACAUAGCCCUCCAAAUGCUAAAAACAGCACUUUAGUUUUUAGAGUGUACCUGUUUUCCUACCUAAAUUUAAAGUCAUUGGAAUUAUCAAAUCUGGAUACUUUUGACUUCUCAAAUAAAUGUUUUGAGUCCUAUGAAGCUUUAUAUUGGAUUUUUUUACAUUGUAUAGAUAUUAUAAAUGUCCGGGUCCAAACGAUAAGCAUGUAAGUUCUAGCCGUAAGGGAGGCACAUGUACCAAAUUAGGCUGACAAGCAUGCAAAGAAAGCGAAGAAGAAGAAGAAAAUAAGAAUGAAAAGAAAAACAAUAAAGAAGAAGGAGAAGAUUGAAAAGAAGGAGAAGAAGAACAAACAAAUGACACAAAGAAUUUUAGAAACUAUAUAUUUUAUAUUUUUAACAAGCUUCAUAGUUCGAAUAAUUAUGAACAAGCGAAGUUUAAAUAAGAGGGGGUUCAACCUACUACCUGAAUCCACUACUAACACCAUAUACCAAUAGCACCGACUUCAAUCACUCUUACAUAAUUAUGUUAUAUAUUCCCUGUCUUUCCAAAGAUGGUGGGGUCGAAAUGACAGCGGUCGACUUGACCUCAAUGGACGAGACGAAUACGACGACGACGACGAUGACGAGCCAGGUUGAGGCGACCAAGCAGGAUGAGAACGUCGAUGAUAAAGAAAGUAUUCAAAUGGAUGACAGUGGGAGAGACACAUUUAAAUACAGGAAAAGCGUCAAGCUACUUAUACCCAUUAGACUCAAGCCUACAAAUCAACAAUAUUCACCGUUGGAUCACUGUGGACUUCUUUCAUUCGUAUGGCUGUCAUGGAUGACGUCCUUGUUCUUCAAGGCUUAUAAAAAGACGCUCGAGUAUGCCGAUCUUGGAACGAUGUCGGAGUAUGACAGAGGCGAUUAUAACGGAGAUAGACUGGAGAGACUGUGGAUGGAAGAAGUGGCUCUGAGUGGUAGUGAGGAGGAAGCUUCUAUCGGGAGAGUAGCCAUUCGCUUUGUAAGGACUAGGCAGAUCAUAUCAGCUGCUGUGCUUGUCGUCGCGCUGAUGGCGUCUUUCGUCACAUCUGCUGUCCUUGUACAUAGGUUACUGGAGUACACUGAGGAGGAGAAGGUCGACCUCUGGUACGGCAUCGUACUCGUUGUCUGUAUCUUCAUCCUCCAAAUCGUCCGGAUAACGGGCGACGUCUUCUCUCGCUCAUUCAACUGUCGAACAGCCACACGUCUACGGAGCGGUAUGCUGACUAUGGCGUUUCGCAAGCUAGCUAACCUAAGGAGUCUACAGCAACACAGUGUCGGGGAGAUUGUGAACAUAUGUGCCAACGACAGUCAACGUCUCUUCAACGUAUGCGUGGUAGGAAACUUCCUGAUCUCCUCCCCAGCCUUGCUUCUAGCAACCCUCAUUACAACACAGUUCAUAGUCGGAACUGGGGCGUUGAUCGGGACACUCGCAACAUUCAUCUUGUUCGUCCCUAUGCAGGUCAUAGCUGGUAAGACCAUAUCGAAGAUAAGAAUACAAUGUAUCGAGAUCAUCGAUGUCCGUGUCCAGAAGAUGCAUGAACUUGUCACUUACAUUAAACUGAUCAAGAUGUAUGCCUGGGAGCUACCAUUCGCCAAGUCAAUAAAAGCUUUACGCCGCCAAGAAAAGUCGCAUUUGGAAAAGGCGGGAAUGUUGCAGAGUUUCAGUCUAUCCAACGUUCCCAUCAUUCCAAGUCUUGCUUCAGUCCUAUCCAUCAUCAUCCACAUCUAUAUGGGCAACUCACUCACUGCAGCUGAGGCGUUCACUCUCGUGUCACUUCUGAACGUUUGUCGGGCUGUUAUUGGACCUGCUCCCUUUGCAGUCCGCAUGCUGGCUGAAUCUAACGUUGCACUGGAUCGACUGAAGUCAAUCAUGAUCAUGGACCAAGCGAAAGCGAAUGAGAAGCUUGAAGAUAGUAGUGAGAACAUGGUUGAAAUCAGAGGAGGAGAGUUCGGAUGGGAUGACAUCUCACACAACGAAGAUGCGAUCCAAGAUGACAUCACCAUGGAAACUACCUCCGAAGAUGAGAACAAAAAUGAAGUUAUCGACACGAAUGGUAGCGGUGAACCAGAAGUGAUGAUAAAGAACGGAUCACACAAUGCUGCCGAUUCAAAUGGAAUUAAAGAACAGACAUCUGACGUAAAACAACACGAGUGUAAUAGUGUGACUGAUGAAUUCUCGAAUAAUAUUGUAUCAGUACUUUUCGAUGUCAACUUUGACCUCCCAAAUGAACAUUUGGUUGGAGUAUGCGGAUCUGUCGGCAGCGGGAAGUCUUCGCUGGUCAAUGCCAUCUUAGGUCAGAUGGAGAAGGUCAAAGGCACUUGCAAGGUCAGGGGAAAGUUCGCUUACGUUGCGCAGGAAGCCUGGAUAUUCAACGCCACAGUGCGAGAGAACAUUCUCUUUGGAAAACUGAUGGACGAGAAGCGUUAUGCUAUGGUCCUAGAUGCCUGUAGCCUCAAACAAGAUCUGACGAUCUUAACCAAUGGAGAUGAAACAGAGAUCGGUGAGCGAGGAAUCAAUUUGAGUGGUGGUCAGAAGCAGAGGGUCAGUCUUGCCCGUGCUGUGUAUGCUGAUCAUGACGUGUAUUUCCUAGAUGAUCCGUUGAGUGCUGUAGACACACACGUCGGAGAACACAUCUUCAAGAGGUGCAUCAAUGGAGUCUUAAACGAGAAAACCAUUUUGUUCGUCACACACCAGCUUCAGUACUUACAAGACUGUGACUCUGUAGCAGUGAUGAUGAAUGGCCGAAUCAAGGAACAAGGAAGUCACAGUGAACUCAUGUCAGAGAAAGGAGAAUAUGCUCGACUUAUCACCACACACUGCACGUACCUCGAAGAUAUACUCGAAGAAGAAGACGAAGUCUUUUCCUCCAGAACCAGAGAGCGUACUAGACGAAUUUCGUCGCCGACGGCGAACAGUGGAAACCAAAGAAGACGGAAAUCAUCGACAAGCACAACAAUGCCACCAAUUACACAACGCAAAAGAAAGAGAUCAUCAACAUCAAGUAUUUCGAGUUAUGAUGACGCAGCUAUCGAUACUCAAGAAGAUGAUGGUCAGCUCAUGACAUCAGAAAUACGGUGUAGUGGACCACCGACCUGGGAGGACUACAGGGGUUACAUACAAGCAAUGGGAGGCUACAUUGCUGCCUACUCAAUCAUCUUUACCUACAUCGUGGUGAUUGGGAUGCUAACAUUUAACAACUGGUGGCUAGCUUACUGGAUAGAAGAGAGUAGCAACCGACCGUACAACGAGACUUUGGAUGAGGAAGCACCAUCGCUAGUAAACGACCCUCAUCUCUGGUUUUACAUGCUGGUGUACGGAGGUUCCCUACUUCUCAUCUUCAUUGUGGCUGCCAGUAAGAGUGUCAUCUAUAUGAAGCUUACACUAAAAGCAUCGUCCACGUUACACAAUAAUCUAUUCCGAGCAGUUAUACGUAGUCCAAUUAGUUUCUUUGAUACCACACCUACUGGACGAGUGCUCAACAGAUUCUCUAAAGAUAUAGAUGAGCUGGAUGUGAUGCUGCCAAUCAACAUGGAAAUGAGUCUUAAUUAUGUCCUGACGAUCGUUGCAUCGUUGAUCACCAUCUGCAUAGUAUUCCCGUAUUUCCUAUGCGCCGUCAUCCCAGUCAUCGUCAUCUUCUUCUUCAUCAUGUCCUUCUAUCGCAAGGGCGUCAACGACCUUAAGCAGUUGGAAAACGUGAGCCGAUCUCCAUGGUUUUCUCACAUCGGAUCGACUGCAAUGGGACUGGCCACCAUCCAUGCCUAUGGCAAGACCAAUGAUGUUAUCACGAAGUUCGUCGAUCUACUGGACGUGAACGCAUAUCCUUUGAUGCUGUUCCGGAUGGCGAACCGUUGGGCUGGAGCACGUCUUGAGCUACUUGUUGUUCUCAUGGUUACCAUCACCAAUCUCAUGGUUGUUCUCUAUCACGGUAAACUACCGGCCUCAACCGCUGGCUUUGCCGUCGCAUACGCAAUGCAGCUAACAGGGAAGUUCCAGUUGACAAUGAAUACGCUGACAGAUACCGAAGCACGAUUCUCUUCUGCUCAAAGGAUAAUGCAGUAUAUAAGGGACAUUAAACCAGAGGCUCCUGAAACCAUCAAGUCGAGGAUGCCCGAGAAAGGCUGGCCAAGUCGAGGGGAGAUCCGACUACAUCAUGUCGGGAUGAGAUACCGAGAAAACCUUCCGCUGGUUCUCAAGAAUGUAACGUGCACUAUCAAGGCAGGAGAGAGGAUUGGCAUCGUGGGGAGGACCGGAUCAGGGAAGUCUUCUUUGAGCGUUGCCUUGUUUCGUCUAGUGGAGGCUGUUAAAGGAACAAUAACUAUCGAUGAUGUCGAUAUAUCGGAACUUGGUCUAUUUGAUCUGAGAUCUAAGAUAUCCAUUAUUCCUCAAGAUCCUGUCCUAUUCAUCGGUACCGUAAGAUAUAAUUUGGACCCAUUUGGUGAAAAUAAUGAUGCUGAUCUGUGGCAAGCAUUAGAAAAGGCCUACAUGAGGGAGAAGAUUAGUUCUCUAGAUGGCGGUCUCGAUGCUCUUGUUGCAGAAGGAGGAGAUAACUUCUCUGUUGGUGAGAGGCAAUUGAUGUGUAUGGCGAGGGCACUGCUUCGGAAUAGCAAGAUCUUAUUCUUAGAUGAGGCGACUGCAGCCAUUGAUACAGAAACAGAUAGCUUGAUACAGCAGACAAUACGAACAGCUUUCAAUGACUGUACCACACUCACCAUAGCACAUCGACUUAUUACAGUACUAGACUCAGAUAAGAUUCUUGUCAUGGAUGAUGGAAAGGUUGCUGAGUUCGACUCGCCCAUAGCUCUACGGGCAAACCCAAAGUCUAUCUUCAGGGGGAUGUUAGCCGCAGCUGAAUCUCAGAACACCUAGCUCAAGAGUCUAUCCAGGAAAGGUGACGUCAGAGGUCGCACUCCGCCGAGUCAGAAAGCAGCGAUUGAGAAAGAUGUUUAGAGCUUGACGUAUUGUUAUGGUGCGCUAUACAAAUGCUUCAUAUUAGUCUAAUUACUGUUUGUACCUCCGGAAUCUUUUAUUUCUGCCAUAGUUUUAUAUUUACCUCACAUAUUUUAACGUACAUUGAACAAUUGUGCAACAUGGUAGCCAUUCAGGAAAACAGUGUCAUGGCUGAAUCUGAGAACAGCUAGCUAAAGACAAAUUAUUUCUAAGAUAUAAGAUGGUGUAAUUGGCAUUAGUUGAAUCAUAGAGGUAUUACAAAAUGGAGUCCCAGCUCGCUAUAUUGAUUGCAUACAGCUGACAUAAUUGAAAGGAUGCACAAAUGAAUCUCUGAAAUGCUUUGAUUCUUCGAUGUCGGAGGUUUCACGUCGCCGAGGUAGACAACAGCGAUUGAAAAAGAUGUUUAGAUUUUAAAGUAUUAUUAUGCUCAAUUAAUAUGAUGAAUCAAGAAGCACAAUAAGUAAACACGCAGUUGCAUUAUAAUCAUUUAUAGUAACAAAGCCUCAAAGUUUAAAAACUUCUUGAUAUAUAAAGCCUAGAAAGUGUCACAAACAUACGCUUCAUGUGCAGAGUUCAAGUCUCUUUCUCAUUCAUUCCAAGCACUGUAAUUCAGUAUUUCUAUCAUGAAAGCUUAUUCUGUAAAAUAAAACAUUUACUAUUAAUGCCCUCACAUGCCCACUCGAAAUAUUUCCAUUUGGUCCGGGAUGUUAGGACAAUUUAGGGGCAGUGUGAUGCAACUUUUAAAAACCCAACACUUUGCCCAUUGUUAGUGUCUCUUCGUUGUGCAAGAUGAGGCUAUCUGAAUGUUUUCAUCACCCGCAUGGGAAGUACAUGUACAUAUUUGUCAUGCUUUGUUUGGCGGCACAGAAGCUUCUUUUUUCUUCAAAGACAAGCACGUAUAGUAACUCCAGCUGUAUUAUCUCUUUGGUUUUACAACCUUUCGUGUUUACAGCCAGUACAAGUAUACGAGUACAUGCCAUUGUUACCUCUAGACGUUUUCACCUCUAGAGUUUUUACCUUUGACAUGUUUACCUCUGACAUUUGUUUACCUCUGACAUUUUUACAUCUGACAUUUUUACACCAAACCAUAUACAUAACACACGCUCCUGAUGUACGAUUUUUUCUUCUUCUCACUUUGAGUCAGUUCAUCAAUUUCUAAUUGUUUGAGGUAGCGUUUGGAAUAGUUAGGCUCAAACUUCAAUAAACAGAAUAUUCAUGGCAAUAGAAUCUCGAGUAUGUUCAGAUGUGUGGAAAUGUAGGCUUUUGUUUCCCUCUUCUGAGGACCCGAUAGGCCAAUUAGGAUAUCAAUUUUUCGUUUUGUAGUCAAAUUUAAUAUGUAUGUUUUUGUUAUGUGCCUCGUUACGAAUUGUUGUUUUUUCAUUCAUCUGUUACGAACAAAUUGUAUUUUGAUAUUCAGCAUGCAAAUUGUACAUAAUAACGUGUCGUUAGGUAUGAUAAGCUAUAAUGUUUGUCCAACCUAGCAACAACUAAUUAUAAUCGGUCUAACUAUAAGCCAGUUUGUAGUCGCUAACUUUGCAUGGGAAGAUAGUGGUCAUUUGUACAACAUUUUAAAACCCACCUAGUACUGAAAUACACUUAGAAUGAAACUUAUGUGAUCAUAAUUAUAAUGCACUGACAGUACGUUAUGUGGCACAUAUGUGGGAGUAUUCUUAUCAUGAGGGUAAACAGCGUUAUUUAUAUAAAAACUGAGUAUUAUUAUCAAUAUCAUAAACAGAAGGUAUUCAUAAAGUACAUCCAUGACUUUGGCAGCGGUGGUUAUUUUGAAAUGCACAAUUUGGGACUACUCCAAGUUUAAAAUAUUUGUGGAUAAUCCGGGUCAAUUGAACCGUGUGCUUAUAACGAACUGGUAUAUUGAGAGACAGGAUCAUAUCAAAUAUUUGUGGAUAAUCCGGGUCAAUUGAACCGUGUGCUAAUAACGAACUGGUCUAUUGAGAGACAGUAUCAUAUCAAAUAUUUGUGGAUAAUCCGGGUCAAUUGAACCGUGUCUUAUAACGAACCGGUUUAUUGAGAGACAGUAUCAUAUCAAAUAUUUGUGGAUAAUCCGGGUCAAGUGAACCGUGUCUUAUAACGAACCGGUCUAUUGAGAGACAGUAUCAUAUCAAAUAUUUGUGGAUAAUCCGGGUCAAGUGAACCGUGUCUUAUAACGAACCGGUUUAUUGAGAGACAGUAUCAUAUCAAAUAUCUGUGGAUAAUCCGGGUCAGUUGAACCGUGUGCUUAUAACGAACCGGUCUAUUGAGAGACAGUAUCAUAUCACAGGUUAGUGUAAUAAUUCUUUGCUAGGUAAACUUAUACUUUAAUUAUAUUGUAUUUUGUAUAACAAAUAAAGAAGGUCUUACUAUGCAACCAUUUUUGGGAGAUAAUGCUAUCCACUAAAAAAAAGUACUAGUG